UAAAAAGCUCCAGGUCUCUUGGGCCAAAUUUCUCCUGUUGUAUAAAUGCCAUUGAGUUACAAACUGAGAGUGUCAGAAGCUAAGAUUCAUGCUGCUGUCAGAUGUUGGAGAUGAGGUCUUGUGUGCAUCACCUUUCUCCCCAGAUGCUGCUCUCCGUUCUUUGUUGGAGUCUGAACUGCUGUCUUUUCUUAGAAGCAACAGUCUCCCCAUCUUCAGGGCCCCGGGUCAAACCCAGCUACAGUUUUGGUCGGACUUUUUUGGGACUUGAUAAAUGUAAUGCCUGCAUUGGAACAUCAAUUUGCAAGAAAUUCUUUAAAGAAGAAAUAAGGUUUGACAGCUGGCUUUCUUCCCACUUAAAACUCCCACCCAACUACCUCUCCAGCUACUCAGGGAACUACUCUGAUGAUACCAAAAGUUGGAGGCCAGUUGAGAUCUCCAGAUUAACCACAAAAUAUCAGCAUGACCAGUCUGACAAGAGAAUCUGUACUUCCCUUAUCCACACUAAAAGCUGCAGUAUUGAGAGAGCCUUAUGGAAGACAGAAAGAUUUCAGAAAUGGCUAAAAGCAAAACGCCUCACCCCUGACUUGGUUCAGGGUCUGCAUACACCAAUGCUCCACUGCCCCUCUCAACGGCUCCUGGAUCGAAUAGUGCGCCGAUAUGCUGAAGUGCCAGAUGCUGGGAGUGUCUACAUGGAUCAUUUCACAGAUCGUGAUAAACUGCGCCUCCUCUACACAUUAUCAGUUAAUGCUCAUCCCAUCAUGUUACAGAUUUUCCCUGGAGCAGAAGGCUGGCCAUUUCCAAAAUACUUGGGGUCCUGCGGCCGGCUGAUAGUCACUAUCAGCACCAGGCCCCUCAAGGCUUUUUAUGGUGCAUCUUCUGAUGUGGCAGCAGACUUGGCUCUUCAGGUCCUUGCUGUUCUUGAGUCCAUGACAAAUAAUGACCUGAACUAUUUCUUCUACUUUACCCGUGUGGAUGCUGGCACAUUUGGUGUUUUCAGUGAUGGACAUCUGUUCAUCCGGGAUGCCAGCACUCUGGGAGUCAUUGACAAGCAGGAAGGCAGUCAAUGGAUGAAUGGACAACAGGAAGAGAAAGAUAUCUUUAGCUGCUUGGUGACAGAUACCCAAUCCAUGCAGCCGCCUUGUAAUUCCAUCAAGCCUACCCAGAGCCUCAGCAUGGUGUGUGCAGAACUUCUGUCUAAGCUCUUAAAAGGAACAUUUCUGCCUCCUGUGCAGAAGAAGAUCGAUCAUGCUCUGAACAUCUGUGCAGACAGCUCUCUCAGCACCCAAGAGAUUGCCAUGGCAGCUCAGGAGCUGGAUGAGAUUUUGAAACCUCUGAGGACCUGUGAUUCCCAUUUUGCCUACCGCUUCCCUGACUGCAAAUACAGCGUCAGAUUCUGAAGAAAAUGUUUCACUGGAAUCCCAAAGCUAUUCUCCACAUACCUCUUUUGCCUUUUCAAGUUAAAAGAAUUGGAAUCAUUCAAUCCAGUGGGAUUGUGAACUCUUUUUCACUGUGCGAAUGUACCAUGGUCACACUUUGUAGCUGUGUUGGGUCAGCAAUCUUCAAAACUUCACAAAGUCAGUUUCACAGUAUCUAUGUGACAAUGUAUCUCUGAGCCACUUAUCAUUUUGGCCAUGUUCAGAUAUGUCAUUUACCUCACCUGAAUGUACAGUAGCUCAUAAAAGCUAGCUGCUGUAGAGUCUGGUAU